AUGUUCAUUGUAAUUCUUUACUUGAAUUUAGUGACAGCAAUUCCGUGUAAUAAACUUCAGGACGAUACCAUGUAUACACCAGACGGCAUUUUUGAAUGCAUAAAUAGUGAGAUUUCAAGUGAUUCUGUUAACACCAAAAUAGCAUCUAACAUGGAGAAAAUGGUCAAUAUCUAUGUAUCUGCUAUUAAUCGGAAUACCAACAAAGUAAGCCAUCCAAUCGACUUAUUAGCACAAGUGAAAGAAAUAGAGACAUCGACGCAACCAAUUUACACUUUCCAACAAGCAAUUUUUAAAACGUUUUUAACAGCAAAAGAUCCUUCCCUUUACCUCCGUUUUCCAACUACGCAUUAUUUCACUAAGACUAUUGCUCUACUGCCUUACACGUUCAGAAUCAUUGACUCGAAGUAUUACCUCAUUCCAAACCCUUCAAACAAAUAUUAUGACAUCAAAGUUGAUUCAAUUACUGAAGAAAUAAAGGCUAUUAAUUCAUUGUCGCCUCACGACUUCUUUCUCAACUUUGGAAUGAACAGCGGCUAUAAUACUCAACACGCAAUGAUCUCUUGGGCUCUUAAUAUGAUAUCUAUAUUUUCACUGCAAGUUCUCCCCCUCGAAGAAUCGAUUUUAAAGACCCCAAUUGUGGUCACUUUACUAAACGAAACAAAUGUUAAUAUGAACUAUCAAAUGUACUAUACCAAAGACCCUCCUCAAAUCGUCCGCUAUGCAAAUGGAGUUCUGUGCCAGACAAGCCCGUCGAGAGGAAUUAAUGUGUUACACCUCUUUUCAUUGCAAAAAACAGAUGCGGAGGCAUUGAACAAGUGCGUCCAGACAUUCGACACUAACGACUACCCCAUCGCGAUUUUGGUGCAAGACUUUGCGGGUGGCGAUGUCAAUGUCGCAAACAGUCUCCACGACGCACUGAUGAGGCACGACGACACACGGCUUAUAGGCUCGAUGCGGGCGUUCCAAGAAAUGAACAAUAUGGUUGUGACCAAUUUCAGGAACAGUAGUUGCGGGAAGGUAACUCCGCGAGAUUUGUUAGAAGGGUAUCGUGUCGAUUAUAUCGAGAAUGCCACCUUUGUCCAUACAGAAACUCUUUACUUUAAGCACGAUGAUAUCAUUGUGGGGUUAUAUGACAAUGUGAGGUAUUCGUACCAAAUAGUGAUCUUCUCCGAUGGCACAUGCACUGGUGUCUGUGGGCAAUUUGCACUUGGUUUAGUGUCACGAGGAAGUGCGAUAUCUGUUGUGUAUGGUGAGAAUGAUGAGAAGGCGCGAGUCGCUCAAGACGCCUCUUUGUCUCUUGAGAAUGGGAUGCUCCAAAAGCUAUUUCCAAACUUCCAAAUCUACGCGUUCGAGGUCGGACUCCCCUUCUUUGAAACGUAUGACUACUCAUACAGUCACUGGGAUACCCUCAAAGAAAGCUUUGAAUUUCUUCGCGUCGUCCCGGACUUCCAUUUCAACUCCACAAGUCACUACGACACAUUCAGUCAAUUCGCGACUGACGCGUUUCGUGCGUUGAACCUAUUUGCGACGGAGUGCAAUGAAGAAAAUGAUCGGAUCGCGUACGACAGUGGCAAUUGUAGUGGGACGUUGUUCACACAUGAACACAAUGGGUAUUUAUGUGACGACGGGAAGUGGUCACAGAAUUGUUCGUUGUCGUAUUGUGACUACAAUUACUAUGUAGAUAUCACAGAUAUGGUUUGUGUUGAGAAUUCGUGUCUCAACGAUGACGCCGCGGAGACUCCUAAGAAGAUUAUAGUGAUCAUCUUAUGUACGACAGUCGUUGUGAUCACGACGAUGAUUCUUAUAGUGAUCUUAGGAUUAUUUAUCUUCUCGAUGUAUCGCAAGAACCAGAAAGUUGGAUAUCAAGAAUUAGAUUAA